UACUUUCAACUUUUAAACAACGGGAUUAUUUCGAUAAAAAGGAGGGAAAGUCAGUAUUUUUGGGGUACGAAAUUGUAGAGAACAGGAGUAAGAGAUGGAAGGUCCGCUACGGUUCACGACGGCCAUGGCCAACACCAGGCCCAAGCCCGAGAAAGACCCGUCUGUAACGGCAGAGGAGGACGCUACCGCAUCACGCCUCCCGGGAGGAGGGUUUUACGAUGACAGCGACGCCAAGCUGGCUAACCGGUACGAAGACCGACGGCUGGCCAUGGCUAUCCAGGGGAUCAGCCUGGAGCGGUGCCGCACGGUCGCGGAGAUAGAACACGGAAAGAAAACGGUGCAAAAGGGUUUCCACAAUAUCCUUUCGCAGCAACAGUUGCUGGACGUCGCCCGGGCAGAUAACGUCAUCGGGCCCCGGCGGCGACCGCCGGGUGAAACGCCGCAGCCAGCCCGUCUGCCGAGCCCUCGGCGCCCGCUCAGCAGCAAAAGCGCUCGCGCUUCCUCAUCACCAAGACAGCAUCUGUAUCUCAGUCCAUCGUCCCCAAAUUUCAAUCCUCACUCCUUGGACCCACAUAGAUCUGGAAGACUGUCUGAUCCCGGACCACAGAGAAGGCUGUCGCCUCAUUUGCCAGAGCAAAGGACGAGAACUUACGAUGGGUUCCAUGCCUCAAGACCCUUGACCUCAGGUGGUCGAAGAAUAGGUGGUGCCCAGCACAGUGGAAGGAGCAUGCAGGGGGCGGAACCUCUUGGGAGGGGAGUUGGACCCACCUCCAAGCCGUACAAACCAAGGGACAGUUACAACAGGGCAAGGACAGCUCCUGGUGUGAGACGGAGAAGCCAGAACCAGUCCAAACCGGUUCCCCCUGGUUCCAACCAGAUCCAGUCCAAACCGGUUCAGCUCCACCACAGCCAGCAUGCACCAGUUCAGACUGGUUCAGCCCAGCAUAGUGCGGACACGGAUAGCACCGACACUGAUGAUGACGACGUUGAUGCUAGGGUGGUCAAGAGAAAUAAUCCCCGUCAACGUUCCAAGAGCGCCUUUGGGAUUGACCAAAUCCAUCUCAUAUCUUCUUCAGAUGAGGAACUGGAUCAGGACUCGCUGAAGGACCCCGCACCAAGGCCACGGCAGCGAAGCGACUCAAUCCAAGGCCGGCCCCACACGACCGCAUCCACGCAGAGCCGGUCGCGUCGAGAGCUGAGCCGGCUCACGCACAUCGACGCUAUCACCGCAGCCGAGAUGGCACUCCGGCGGAAAAUGUGGCUGGCGAAGAAAGAAUCCCAGAACCACUCUGGGGACACCGUCCUCCAGCAGAAGGUGCAGGAAUUCAUCACCAAGUUGGACGGAGACAAGAAGAAGGGAACGCAGCAGCUGAUGAUGUUUCAGAACGAAGAAAAACCAACGGAAGAACACUUUGUGCUUCCAGCAGUGUAAAUACACUCAAAGCAGCCUUCGAUUUGAUUUGUGAUUUUGA